CUCCAACUAAUUAAUCAGUGAGCUCAUCUCUGGGUCUUCUUCUUCCUCUCAAAUUGGGUACCCAAAUGGAAAUAUAUGCCGGCGCGCUUGGAUCUUGCACACCAAAUCCUGCGCUUCUUACGUCGCGCGACGGCCCGCAUUCUGUCCAUGUCAAACCGCCCUUCAUCUCUGCCAGCAGACGCCGUAAGCAGUUGCCGUCUUGGUCUUCAAACCUUUUUACUCCCCGUAACUCUGCAAGGACAUUCACGCCUACUUCCCCGGGUUAUCUUGGCAUGAUUCCUCGAAGGGCUGCUGCUGCUUCUGAUACUACUGACGAUAUGUUUGAUGAUUUGAUUGAGAAAUAUGGAGAGCUAGUAUUUAGAAGAAAUGACAACAAAACCGCAAGUGAAGAUGCUGAGGAUGAUGCUCAAAGUCUAUUGUUUGCUGUAGCAGUAGCUAAUGUCGCGAAUGACGUGAAGGCUGCUGACAUAAAAGUUCUUUUUGUGAAGCCCUUGGUUUAUUGGACUCGGUUUUUCAUCAUUGCCACUGCCAUGUCUCGUCCACAAAUUGAUGCCAUUGCGACCAAAAUAAGAGAUUUGGGUGAGAAGCAAUUCGGAAGAGUUGCAUCAGGAGAUUUAAAACCAAAUUCAUGGACUUUGCUCGACUUCGGUGACAUUGUGGUACAUAUAUUUCUGCCUGAACAAUGCCAGUUAUAUAACCUUGAAAAGUUUUAUGGCAAUGCAACACCCAUUGAUCUGCCAUUUGAAAACCAACAAUUUCAGCGUUCACAAUAUUUGCAAAAUUCGAGCCCUCAUGAAUAAUUAAUAGAUCAUCAUAAAGCCGGAUAAAGAAGAUGCUCAAGAAACUCCAAGGAAGCACUAAACAUUAGUGAAGUCUCAUGACUUUAUAGGCUGAUUUUCGCUGAUGGUGUAAAUGUGUAAAUGACAGUUUCAUGAGUUUUGAUGAAUUAUUGUGCCUUAAAAGGACCGAUGCCUAAUAUUGUAGUCUGGUGUUUAAUGCAUUAGAAUGUAUCUACAUUAACUAGCUGUGUUUUAGUUUGAUGUUUUACUUUUGUUCGUUGUUGUAAUUCUAAUUUGUUUAAUACUACGUAUAAAAUAAUUCAUUUUACCGUCAUUUUACUUGGGGCACUUUUUAUUUGACACAA